UCCAUUAUGGUGAAGGUCGUCUUUCUUCUGUUGAAAGGAUGAAAGAGUCCGAUGCUGUCACUGAAGUUGCUCAAGCGUCUUUUGAGUUUAUUGCGCGUAUUAACCGCAUGGCUACCCGCUACGAACGUCGUGUUCGAGACCUGGAACGUUCAGGGGCGUCGAAUGAGAGGAUUGAGCGCCUCGAGGCUCAAUUGGGGGAGGCAGUUCGGUCCAACCAGAGGCUUAGCGACCUUGUGGCCAAGCUCGAACAUCACCGGAGUGGGCUUAUCAAAGAACGGGAUUCUCUUUCGACGAAGCUUAAGGAGUCCGAAGCUUCCUGCAAUGGUCUGAAGCUAACCCUUAGCUCGGAGACGAGAAGGCUCAGGGAUCGGCGUGAUGAAUAUGGGCACCAUGAGCGAAUCAAUGCCUUUCACGAGGUGGCCGGUCGUGUGCAGAGGCUCCUAGCGAAGCAUAAAAGCCACGCCGAAGCGGUUGAAGCAUCGCGGGAGAAACUCCUCGAAUACAACCAAGCUUGCGACUCGUGA